AUGGGAAAGGAACGAGCUGUCAAGAAAGAACGCCAUAAUCCUCUACACGUUCAAAUAUUAGAAGAUAAAAACCCCGGCAGAAAAAAUUUCAAAAUAAAAACUUUAAAACGAAAUCAAGAAAAAGACGAUGAAUACGUUGAACCGAGUCUUUCUCGGAAAAUUCUCACAAUUGCAAGAGAGCAACAGGAAGAGCUUGAAGAAGAGUCUAAUUUAGACAAAAGUCAAAUCAACAAGGAGGAUCAAAGUCAAUUAUUUUCUUCAAUAAUUGAAGACGAAAGUGAAGAAGAUGAUCAUUCUGAUGAAGAAGAAAAUUUUGAUUAUGAAGAAUUGGUACUAUCAUCAUUUACGGAAAUCGAUGAAAACGAUCAAGUAAUUCUAGAGAAGUUUUUACCAAAUGCUCCAAAGGAAAGAAAAACUUUGGCAGAUUUGAUUAUAGAAAAGAUCGAAGCACGAAAAUUUGCCAAGGAUGAUACUACUUCAGCAUCUCAAUCCUCAGCUAUAAGUCCAAAGGUCGUUGAAGUUUAUACAAAAGUUGGCACCCUUUUAAGUCGGUAUAAGUCCGGAAAACUUCCAAAAGCUUUCAAAAUUAUCCCAUCAUUAUCCAAUUGGGAAGACAUUUUGUACCUUACACAUCCUGAAAAUUGGACUCCGCAUGCGACUUUUCAGGCCACCCGAAUUUUUGUUUCAAAUCUUAAGGCAAAUCAAACACAAAGAUUUUUUGAUCUCGUCCUUCUCGAAAAAGUUCGAGAUGAUAUUCAAGAGAACAAAAAACUCAAUUACCAUUUAUAUAUGGCUCUCAAAAAAGCUUUAUAUAAACCAGCUGCCUUUUUUAAAGGAAUCUUGUUUCCUUUAUGUGAAUCGGGUACUUGCACUUUAAAAGAGGCGGUUAUCAUUGGUAGCGUAAUCUCAAAAGUAAGCAUACCUAUGCUUCAUUCUUCUGCUGGUUUGUUACGACUCGCUGAGAUGGAAUAUUCGGGAUCAAAUAGUUUAUUUAUUCGGAUAUUGCUUGAUAAAAAGUACGCGUUACCUUAUAAGGUGGUAGACGCGCUGGUUUUUCACUUUAUGCGGUUCAAAAAUGAUGAAAGAACCAUGCCGGUACUAUGGCAUCAAUCUUUCUUGGUUUUUGCUCAGAGGUAUAAACAAGAUUUAACUCCCGAACAAAAAAAUGCGCUUCUUGAUGUAUUAAAGGUGAAAUCUCACAAUCUUAUAACGCCAGAAAUUCGUCGUGAAAUUGUUAAUUCUGUUACACGUGGCGAAAUAAUGGACACAUUUAAAAUGAAGAAAGUAACUUUCUUCAAAUUCAUUGCAGUGUUAUGUUCACUGUUAAUAGCCAUUCCUAUUGCAAUAGUAAUUGCUGAUGAAAGACCUGAUGUUGGUACAGUUAUUGGUAUAGAUUUAGGUACGACCUAUUCUUGUGUAGGUGUUCACGUAAAUGGAAGAGUUGAAAUAUUAGCCAAUGACCAGGGUAAUCGUAUCACACCUUCGUACGUUGCCUUUACCGAUGAAGAACGUCUAGUCGGUGAUGCAGCAAAAAAUCAGUUUGCCAACAACCCUCAAAACACCAUUUUCGACGCCAAACGAUUGAUUGGUCGUCGCUUUACCGACAAAGAAGUUCAACAAGAUAUGAAACACUUUCCAUUUAAGGUUAUUGACAAGGACGGUAAACCGGCUAUUCAAGUCACCGUAAAAGGUGAACAAAAAGUAUUUACACCAGAAGAAAUAUCGGCCAUGGUUCUUGGUAAAAUGAAAGAAAUUGCCGAAUCAUAUUUAGGCAAGAAAGUCACACAUGCGGUAGUUACGGUUCCAGCAUACUUCAAUGACGCUCAAAGACAAGCCACAAAGGAUGCUGGCACUAUUGCUGGUCUUAAUGUCCUCCGUAUUGUAAAUGAACCCACAGCCGCUGCUAUCGCAUAUGGUCUUGAUAAAUCCGAUGGUGAACGUCAAAUUCUAGUCUAUGAUCUUGGUGGUGGUACCUUUGAUGUCUCUCUCUUGUCAAUCGAUGAUGGUGUUUUUGAGGUUUUGUCAACUGCUGGUGAUACACACUUGGGAGGUGAAGAUUUCGACAACCGGGUUAUCGAUCACUUUGUUAAGGUCUAUAAAAAGAAGAAUAAGGUUGAUGUUACAUCGGAUUUAAAAGCCAUGGGUAAAUUAAAGCGUGAAGUUGAAAAGGCCAAGCGUACUUUAUCCUCCCAAAUGUCAACUCGUAUUGAAAUCGAAUCAUUCCACGAUGGAAAAGAUUUUUCUGAAACUUUGACUCGUGCCAAAUUUGAAGAACUAAACAACGAUCUCUUCCGUAAAACGAUAAAACCUGUUGAAAAUGUGUUGAAAGAUGCAAAUAUUGAAAAGAAGGAUGUACAUGAUAUUGUUCUUGUAGGUGGUUCCACCCGUAUUCCCAAAGUUCAACAACUCCUCGAAGAAUUCUUUAACGGCAAAAAGGCUUCCAAAAAUAUUAAUCCUGAUGAAGCUGUUGCAUAUGGUGCCGCCGUACAAGGUGGUAUUCUUUCUGGAGACGAAAAUGUCAAAGAAGUUCUAUUGGUUGAUGUUUGUCCUCUUACUCUUGGUAUUGAAACGACUGGUGGUGUAAUGACAAAAUUGAUUCCUCGUAAUACUGUAAUCCCCACAAAGAAGUCACAAAUUUUCUCAACCGCCGCGGAUAAUCAACCUACUGUUUUAAUUCAAGUUUUUGAAGGUGAACGAUCUAUGACUAAAGAUAACAACUUGCUUGGCAAGUUCGAAUUGACAGGCAUACCACCUGCACCACGAGGUAUACCACAGAUUGAGGUUACAUUCGAAAUUGAUGCCAACGGUAUAAUGAAAGUAUCUGCGGCUGAUAAGGGAACAGGAAAAUCUGAAUCGAUUACAAUCACCAACGAUAAAGGUCGUCUCUCCAAAGAAGAAAUCGAUCGUAUGGUUGAAGAAGCUGAACAAUUUGCCGAAGAGGAUAAGAUUCAAAAGGAACGAAUCGAAGCCAGAAAUCAACUUGAAAACUUUGCAUACUCUCUCAAAAAUCAAAUUGGUGAUGAUAAUGACCUUGGCAAGAAACUCAAUGAAAUGGACAAGAAAACUAUUAAAGAUGCAAUCAAGUCAGUUGAAGAUUGGUUAAAUGAACAUUCAAAUUCGGCGAUGAAAGAAGAUUUUGAUGAAAAACGAGAAGAAUUAGAAUCUAUUGUCAAUCCAAUAACUUCAAAAUUGUAUGCGGACCAAACUCCACCUUCACAAGACGAUGAAGAGCCACCAUCUCAUGAUGAGUUGUAG